AUGAGCUACGGUCGUUCUCCUCCUCGUAUUGAUGGAAUGGUAUCACUUAAAGUGGACAACUUAGCUUACAGAACUACUGUGGAAGAUUUGCGUAGAAUAUUUUCUCGCUACGGCGAGGUUGGCGACGUGUACAUUCCGCGAAAUCCUUAUUCGAUGGAUAGUCGCGGUUUUGCCUUUGUGAGGUACUAUAGUGAUCGCGAUGCCGAAGACGCCAUACGCGGGAUGGAUGGUCGUAAAAUUGAUGGACGAGAAAUUCGUGUUCAGCGCGCUAUGUAUGGUAGGCCCAACUCUCGCAGACGUGGGCGUUUAUCAACACCUAGACGUAGAAGAUCAAGGUCUUACUCCUCGCGUCGUAGAUCAAAGGAUCGAUAUGACGAUGAUGAUUAUAAGAAAGAUAAAUAUCGUGACAGCCGCUCUCGCUCCAGAGAUCGGUACUAG